AUGAGGUACGCCGUGGAAAAGCUGCAGGGGCGCCCCUCCAGCAUCGGCGAGUUCAAUCACCGUGAGCAGUUCGAAAUCCUCAAGGACCUUCAGUCCAGCGAUUCUGGAUCGGUGCAUGUGGCGCGCAUCAAGAAGGGCGAGGACCUCGUCGUCCUGAAGCGACGAAGAGCCCCUGAGUUGGGGAAAGCCAAGGACGUCCUCAACGAGUACGAGGCAGCAAGUCGAAGAGCUUCGAUCAUGAAGAAGCUGAACCACUCGAACAUCAUACGCUGCUACGGCUACUUCUGGGACUUUCCCUCACAGUCGCUCUACAUCGUGUUGGAGUAUGCAAAUCGUGGGGAUCUUCACUGGGAGCUGCAGAAGCGGAAGCGAUUGGG